UCAGGAUGUCGAUCACUCGCUCGUGUAUAUAUUGGACGAGUUCGGAGCGAGAGAGUCAGUCGUCUGUACAGAAGUAGAAGAUGAAGCUACACGUCUCUUUCCUGGUCCUGUGUGUGUUCUUACUUUCUGCCUCGUGUGAGGAUGAAACGUCAGAUCUUCUGAAACCGAGAGGUCCUCGUCCUGUAGAACCUGGCUUCAAAGCAGAUAAAUGUGCUACGGAGAAGGACUGGCCGAUCUGCACAGAUGAUGAAUGGGGAAGAAAAUGUCCUUCUGGCUGCCGAAUCCAAGGACUUCUGGAUCAAACUGACCACGAGAUCCUUGGAAAGAUUGAUAAAAUCCGCAAACUCCUUGAUGAGGGAAAAAAACUGCAUCGUUCAACAGAUCAGGAAUCCAAAAAUACCUACAACUACCUGAGAGAGAGACUUGUUUCCAACGCAGGUAAUGAUAACAGAUUCACCUCUCUGGCUGAACAGCUCAGGCAGAGGAUUGUGGAGUUGAAGAUUAAGAUUGACCGUCAGCUCCGAGUGCUGGAGGCUGUGAAAGCUCAAAUUAAAAACCAGUUCCUCGAUGUUCAGCGUCUGGAGGUUGACAUUGACAUGAAGCUGCGCAGUUGUAAAGGUUCCUGUGCCAGCUACGUGGACUUCUCUGUGGAAAAGGAAGGAUUUGAAGCUCUGGAAAAGCAGCUGGACCGCUUAGAUACCUUGCAAGUGCAGAGUGUUGAGACUGUCAGUUCUCUAAAGGUACUGAAGAGCAGAGUGCUAAAGGAUGUAGAAGUACCAUCCAUCUACAAGUCUUCAACCACUGGAACAGAAAGAGCUGCACAGAGGAAGACCUUCUUCACUGACGUGGACCAAAUGCAGCUCUCUCUGGAGGCCGAGGGCUCCACGGCAGAAACUGCUGCCACCGUCAGCAAGGUCAGCACAGGUACGAGCCAAUCUGCACCUAUCAUCUCCACCACACGCACUAGCAGCCAAACCCUCAGCUGCACCCAGACAGUGCGCAAAGUCACAAUAAACACCAAGGAUGGAGUUCAGGAAAAGUAUGAGACGGUGAGCAGUGGGCCAGGGUGUGACACCAUCGGGAAACUCGGCCUUUCUCAAAAAGAUCUGCUGAGUGCAGCUAAAGAUGGCAAAGAACUCACUGCUGAUGGCUUCACAGUCAAAGUAACUGGUGGACAUUCAAAAUCCAUCACCAACCUCAACCAUGGGGAUGGAGAUCUCGGUGGGUUUGAAGGAGACUUCUUUAAGGCACUGGGUUCUACUGGACAGGAUCGUAAGUUCUCCACAUCCUUUACCUCCUCCUCUUCCUCCUCCUCAAAAUCCAUCACUUCUGGUGGAACCAAAGGUUUUCACUUAGACACAAAGUCCAUCACAGCCACUUCCUCACCUUUUGAUGGAGGUGAAGACCUUGGCGCGUUCUUCGGAGGAGACAUCGAAGAUGAUGUUCCUGAUCUACAUGCUCGCAGCCUGAAAUCCCGUGACGAACGCAAAGCAGAUUUUAUCGGCGGAGUGUGUGAAUCAGUUGGAUUUCAAAAACGACACACUCCAUACACACACUCGAGACUACAGUGUGGAGUGAACACACACCGGAUGUGCAGUGACGAGGACGAGGAGAUAAAAUGUUCUUCAGGAUGCCGGCUGCAGGGUUUUAUUGAUGAGACAGACAGAGAUGUUUAUCAGCAUGUCAGCAACAUCUGUGAGAAGAUCGAACAAUCUAACGCUGCAUCUUCAUCCACACUGAUGAAAACGGCUGAGUUCUACGAAGCACAGAGGAGAAUCUUCAUCAAAUCCUACAAGAAGGAACUGCACUAUGCUGAAGCCGCUGAGAUGCUCCACAAGAACCUCACACUACUACAGGAAAAGUCCACACGGCUCUCCCAAGAGCUGCAGAAGUAUCUCAGACAAACUGAGGACCAGAUGAAUAAAAUCCAUCAGGUGGAGAAGGUGGACAUUGACAUCAAACUGCGUGCUUGCAGAGGAUCAUGUACACACCUUGACCAUGUGUCUGAUCACGUGACGUUCAGAUCAAUGCAGGAACAAAUGUCCACGUUCCACUCAACCACCUCCACAAAACCAAAAACACCUUCCCUGGAGAAAAAACUCAAAGUCCAGACUGUGGCUCGUCCACGUGUCUCUCUCACCUACAGAACACUGCCUUUAAUUCACACAAAGCUUCUCACAAAGUUUGAGGACAUCGAGCAGAACCAGCUGGUUAUGGAGUUCCGAGCAGACACGUGGAAUUCUGAUGGAGAAUCGCAAACCUAGAGAAGAUACGUGUGGGAGAGUUCUCACGACCUAAAGACUGUUUUUUUUUUUUCCAAAA